CAAGUGUUUGCUACCUCUUUUUAAAACCAAACUAUGACUUGUUUUAAGAAAGUUACAAAAAGAAAUUUUGUUAUUUUAUGUACCAAAUUCACACAAUCCUUUGAAUUAAGAAGAUAUAUUAGGCAGAGUUGUCACUUCCCAAAUUAAGAUACUCCCAUCAAAAUUAUUUCCCUUUCUCAAAUUCAUUCACCAAAAACAAAACCAAAUUUCUUCAUCUCUAUAAAUUCAUCAUUCCUCUCUGAAUCAAUAUAUCUCAACUCAAUGGAGUUUCUAAAUCCUUUUUCUUUGUUGUUUUUCUUCUUCUCUCUUCCUCUUUUCAUCGUUUUUUCACGAAGCUUACAUUGUAAACUUCGUUACCCGCCUGGCCCCAGCGGAUUUCCCAUCAUCGGCAACAUGUUGAUGAUGGACCAACUCACCCACCGUGGUCUUGCCCAUCUCGCCACCAUCUACGGUGGCCUCUUCCACCUCCGCCUUGGCGUCCUCCACAUGAUGGUCGUCUCCACACCAAACGUGGCACGUGAGUUCCUUCAAGUUCAAGACAUCGCCUUCGCAAAUAGGCCUGCGAACGUUGCGAUCACAUAUCUCACUUACGACCGUGCCGAUGUGGCCUUUGCCAAUUACGGUCCAUUUUGGCGCCAAAUGCGAAAGAUUUGUGUCAUCAAGCUCUUCAGCCGCCGACGCACCGAGUCAUGGGCGUCGGUUCGUGACGAAGUCGACGCCCUAGUCCAAAUGGUUUCAAGCAAAAUCAGGCAGCCGGUGAAUAUCGGUGAUCUAGUUUUCAGCUUGACACGAAACAUAACGUACAAGGCCGCGUUUGGAUCGAGCUCGCACGAAGGACAAGACGAGUUCAUUAAGAUCUUGCAAGAAUUCUCUAAAUUGUUUGGAGCUUUUAACAUUGCAGAUUUUUUGCCAUGGUUAGGAUGGAUUCAUGCUCGAGAUUUCAAUGAAAGAAUGGCAAAAGCUAGAAGAGAUCUUGAUGUGUUCAUAGAUAGCAUAAUCGAUGAACAUUUACAAAAGAAGAUGAAGAAAUUAAAGGGAAAGAAAGAAGAUGAAGAAGAAGCUGAUUCAGAUAUGGUUGAUGAAUUAAUGGCAUUCCUUGCUGAUGAGUCAAGUAGUAAUAAUGAGUUCGAUGAUUCACAAUCAGUUCUUAAGCUCACUAGAGACAAUAUCAAAGCCUUAAUCAUGGAUGUAAUGUUUGGCGGAACGGAAACAGUAGCUUCAGUGAUAGAAUGGGCAAUGGCGGAGUUAAUGAAAAAUCCCGAAGAGCUCAAAAAGGUCCAACAAGAACUCACACUGACCGUUGGAUUAGAUCGGAUGGUCCACGAAUCAGACCUCGAACAUCUCCCCUACUUAAAAUUCGCCGUCAAAGAAACCCUCCGCCUUCAUCCGCCGAUUCCGCUGCUCCUCCACGAGACCGCCGCCGACUCCUCCGUCGCCGGUUACUUCAUUCCGACUGGUUCAAGAGUCUGGAUCAACGCCUGGGCGAUCGGCAGAGACCGAACCGCUUGGGAAGAACCGGACCGGUUCUGGCCAGGGAGGUUUCAAAACGACACCGCUCCAGAUUUCAAAGGGAGCGAUUUCGAGUUCAUCCCGUUCGGGUCGGGUCGACGAUCUUGCCCCGGAAUGCAACUCGGACUUUAUGCUUGUGAGAUGGCGGUUGCGAGUCUUGUUCAUUGCUUUUCGUGGAAAUUGCCGGACGGAAUGAAGGCCGAUGAGCUCGAUAUGAGUGACUCGUUCGGACUCACUGCUCCGAGAGCGAUUCGACUCGUUGCCGUGCCGAGCUUUCGACUUAACUCGCCUGAGUUCGAACUCGAAGGGAAGAGACGGGAAGAUGUAUAAAAUAAAUUGAAAAUAGAAA